AUGUCCUGGUCCCAGAAAAACUUCACCCUCCCCGCCCGCAGUCGUGGCUCCUACCUCAUCACCGACCAUGUGCUCCAAGAGGUCCCCGAGAUCCGCGACUACAAAGUGGGCAUGCUGAACUUGUUCGUACAGCACACGAGCUGCGCGCUUUCGCUAAACGAGAACUGGGAUGAUGAUGUGCGCGCCGAUAUGAGCGACGCGCUUGAUCGCAUUGCGCCCAUGGACAAGAAAGGGGGAUUUGCUCACAUUAAAUCCGCGCUCAUUGGCGCCUCGGUCAACAUCCCCAUUACGAACGGUCGCUUGGCAACAGGAACGUGGCAGGGUAUCUGGUAUCUGGAGUUCCGAACGAGUCGCCACAGCCGCAAGGUGGUCGCGACGAUCCAGGGUCAGAAGGCUUGA